AUGGACUCCAAGGAAAUCCUAGCAGUCCACUCAACGUUGCAUUUAAUCUUUCACCGCAACAAGAAUCAACAUCGCCGAACAAAAUGGUGGAAAUGGUUAUCCGUCUUGAAGCGCGCCACCUUGGAUCUCGCCCGAUCGGGGGUAAAAUCCCACCUGGCCACUCACAUAAUCCCAAGAUGUUACAUCGCUUUUUCAACUGUAGUUGCCGAUAACCAGUUCUCUACCCUUGGAAUCGUGCUUCUAGCUGCCUUGGCGCGAUUGUCGAAAAUUACCGGGAUCAGUCAUCAGCUGAAGGUGCAACCUGUGGCAAGCAAGUCUAAGAUUACUCCGGUUAUCGCAAAGGAAGAUCUUGGAGAACGCAUUCGUCGGAUUGAUGAAGCGCCACUCACCCGCCCGGUCAAGGUUUUGCAGUCUGAUAUCAAGGUCUCCAAGGUAUCCAAAGUCUCCAAAGUCUCUAAGAAGACCACGGAAAAGCUCACCGAGGAUGGUGUUUCAAAAACUACAUCGAAAAAGAAGAAGAAGAAGAACGCUAUCGAUGAUUUAUUCAGCGGUUUAUUUUGA